AUGGACAUGAAUCUGGGUGCUUUGAGACGUCAGAAGCAUUGCAGUGCGAGCAUGGUGGAUGGCUGCCCAAGGCUCAAAACUUUGGAACGAAGCGUAGAAGCGUAUGGCAUGGAGUUUAGGUUCAGAGAGCUGCCGGUGGACAGCUCAGACGAGUCUGAGGAGUCCGUCUCCGAUUCAUGGCUAGAUGUCGUGAAUGUCGACAAAGUGCGGCAGACCACCAAAUCGAUGCUCUCCGCUCACCGCAAAUUCGUGCUGCGCCUCUCGCUUGCGCUCUCGGUGGCUUUCUGGGUCGCGCUGCUGAGCAUUCCUGUGGCCAUGGGACAUGUACAUUACUGGUUUUUCGGAGUGCGUGGCAAGCUACACGAAACAUAUCGUAGCUUGGAUUGUGCUGACACUGCCUACGGCAAGAUGACAAAUGUUGGAACUUCGGGAAGCCCAGAGAUGGUUCACUGGAAGCCGGAUAUGGGUCCGUGGAGUGACGAGCGCAACCCCAACGACGUUUGGUGCGGUAUGUUUCCACCUUUGUGGGAGGACUACUGGCCAAACAUGGCCCAAUUCAUCGUGUUCACUGUUUUUGUCAGCACUGGUGAUACGGUCCGCUUAUCCUGGCAGGGCCUGGUUGGAACUGCGUGUGCUUGCCUCAACCUGCAGCUGAUGCUUUGCCUUUACCCAGAAGGAGCCUAUGGAGCUCAGUGCGCAAGCACUGGUUGCACACCGCAACCGUACAACGAAGCGGUUUGCAUUCUGGAUGUGCUUCUUGUCCUCUUCCUCUUCCUAGUUUCCAGAGCCGAUGAAAAUACCAUCAAGUUCGGGAUGUCUUGGCAUUGUGCGUUCAUGAUGGAGUUCAUGAACCCCAAAAAGCGGCGAAGCAAAGGCUUCUUUGAAAAACUGUCUGGAUUCAACCUCAGGUGGAUUGACAACUUGGUAUCGGACAUCAUGGUCACAACGAUGUUCGGAGCUCUCAUUUCAAUCCUGGCCACUAUCAUCCCUCGGAUACUGGUGUGCUUGCCGCCACUGGCCAACCGAGUCUGGAUACCAGAAAAUUGCAAGGCCUGCGCUGACAGCAUUUGCGAUGUUUGGCUGGAAUGUAUCAAUUACCUGUGCGGCCCUGAGCCAUCCGCAAAGAAGUUCCAGCUGCAGCGUAAAAUUGACCUGGUGAAAGAGAAGCUGGCUGACACAAAAGAACAGGUGGAAAAAGCAUGGUGGGAGACAUGCGCGUGUGGAGAGGGGGAGAUGGUCCGCAGAAAGCUGAAGACCUUCAUUCGAGGUGCGGAGGGUGUUCAGCGAAUACUGCAAAGCCUCAGCAACUGCAUCUUGCAUGAGGACUUUCAAGGACAACACAAGCAAUUCUGCGAGAUCAUGCAGAAAGAUAUCCGAGAGCUUUAUGACAAAGCCAGGCUGCUGACAGACACGUGCGCACAGGGAGUUAUAGAUGGUAUCAUUACAGCAGAUGAGGAGGACAGCAUUCAACAGUUGAAAGCAGAGGUGCAAAAAGCACAGAUGGAUUUGGUAGUGGCAUUUCGAAGAAACUGGCAUGGGUCUGGCAUAUCCUCCAACUUGGCGGAGGAGAUUAACUUCUUGUGUUGUUUGUCCUACUGGGCGUGCACGGUGGAGCAACUUGCUGACACCGUGGUAGAGCAGAAAGAGAAGCGCAGCUGCGGAAGGAAAUGGUGGAGGUACAUUCAGGUUGGGUGGAGCGACACUUGGGCACCCGACAAGGUUUUCGAGCGGGAGCACGUCAAGUUUGUCCUCCGAAACUGGAUCCCCAUCAGUGUUUGCUUUCUUCUGGCAUAUUGGGUUCCAACCAUCUCAGUCUUCACCCAGUACUCAACCACCAUGCCCAGCACGCUGGCGCUUCUCAUCACGCGCUUCUCUGGCUCCGCGUUUCAGAAAAAUCUUCAACGCACGUUGGGUGUACUGCUGGGGAAGUUCUGGCCGAUCCUGCUCAAGGCAUGCUGGCUGGUCUAUCCCUGCGAGUCUUUCGAGCGUGGCGUGUUCCAAGUGAUCACCAUCUUCUUGUUUGUGGCUUGUGGCGGAUACGUGUACUUCUGCAAUGGCACCUUCAGCUAUAUCGCAGUACUGGUCGCAGGCUACGGGGUUUAUCCCCUGAUGGUUCCUUGCUCUUCAGAGGCCCAAGAAGACUUCGCGGCACACUACAAGGAGAUCGGUCAAGUCACCGUGGCGAUCACGCUGCAGUUUGUGUUGGAGUCCUCACUCCAUAGAACUUCAGCACGAGAGCUGGCUGUGCGCAAGUUGGAAGCGGCUAUGGAUGCGCUGACUGAUGGUUUCCGUGGGUUCUUUGACGGUGACAUCGCCAAGAUGAAAGAAGCCUUGGCAGUAGAAAGUCUUUUGCUUGAGGCAAGCACGCUAGCUGAAUCAGCCGAUCCUAGCAAGCAGCUGGCCCCAAACUGGUCCACGCCCUUCAACCUGAGACUCUACCAGCAAAGUGUGAGGCUCCUCCGAGACAUGUUCGCUGAGUUCAACAUGUUGUUCACUGCCUGUGCGAACCAGGGGUGGGGUGAUGAGCUCGUGUCUGACAUUCUUCAGCCUCUCAGCAGCAGCCCGAUCCUGCAGCCCAUGGCUGAGCAGCUCUGCCAGCGACAUCUGAUGGAGGCGUUGCUCUUGACCUUGAGACAUACCUCAGAAACGCCUCUGAACGUGGAGCUGGAUGCUAAAACCGUGGCAAAGCCCGAGGCAAAGCCCGAGGCGCGGGAUGAGCUGUACCUGGAUCUCACCCGCUCAAUCCCCGUGAUGCGCCGGAAGUCGAAGCCGGAGUCGGAGUCGAAGCCCAGCAUCCUCCACGAUACGCAGGCCCGGGUGACCGUGGCCAUCCGAGCACUGGAGAAUGCCGCCAGCCACAUGGACCGCAUCGCCUGGCUCGUUGUCAGCGAGGACGUCUUCUGCAGCGGAUGA